GUUCAUUUGACUUUGACAAGUUUUUAUUUCAUUUCUGUCAUAUAGUCUGUGUUAAGUUUUAAUAGCAGCGUUUAAAAAAAAUUAUUAGUGAACGUUCUCGCCGUUCUAAGUAGUCGGUAUAGUGUCGUCUUGUCUUGACUUGUUUGUUCAUGAAAGUAUAUAGCAGGUUCAAUGUGUGGUUUUGGUCUUGCAAAUGAAAGAAGUCACGUAAUUCAGUAAAAAUUUUGAUGAUUUUGGUGCGACAUACGUAACUGAUAUGAACAUGGAUGUUGACAAGCAAAAUGCAAACAAAAUCGAAGGCAAUGAAAUCAGCGAGAUUAUUUCUGUGCAAACUGAAGCCAGUAUUUUGCAAAAAGCUUCAGAAGAAAUACAAAAAUUAGUUGAGAGUUCAAAUUCGGCAAAUGGUUGUUGUCCAGCCACAGAAAAAGACAACAAAAGUGAAACCAAUGACACGGAAUCUCAUAGUAUUCUUAAGGCCAGACUUGAAAGCCAAGUGCGUACUGGAGAAAUUACGCCCUUUCAAGCAGAAAAACAACAAAAGGAUUCCAAAAAUACUUUGGGAAAAACCUCGAAUGAACCACCUAAGGUUUGGGAUCUGGAGAAAUAUUUGAGACAACAAGCGGAAUUUGCAAAACAAAAAAAGCUCUUGAAAAAGAAAAAAGCUUCCGAUGUUAAAGGUAAAAAUGCGGUACCUGCAAAAAAAAUGAAAAUGACAGAAUCCAAAUUUGGCAACGAAAAGAUUAAUGAAUCGAAAAAAUUGAAAAAACUUAAAAUAAAGUCAAAAGAAAAACUUCCGGAAUCGAAAAUUGAUAUUUCAAAAAAUUCAAAUGAACCAUGUAAUAAUAAUAAUUCCACGCAGAUAAAUGAAAAAUGCUUGGAUGAUGUUGAUAGGCCUAGUGAAAGCAAUGUCAAAACAAGUAACACCAAAAGGGCAGCACACAAAUUACCAAAGAAUCCAAGCUCAGAAGAAGAAUAUAGUGAGUCUGGUAGUGAGUAUGUUCCUAGUGAUGAUUAUGACUCGGAAGAGGAAGCAGAAGGUAUUAUGAAAAAAAGAGAGAAAAAACGAAAAAACUGUGACCCCAAAUUGAGUAUCAAUGGAAAAAUAAAAAGAGUUUUGGAUGAUGGCGAUGACGACAUGUACAUGCAGAGGGUGAAAGAAAGUGGAUGCAAAAAAAAUGAACCUCUACAUAAAGUCGAUAAUUUAUUUAAAGUUCCACAACGUAUAUGGAAACAUCUCUUUAAAUACCAAAAAGUUUCAGUUAGAUGGCUUUGGGAGCUACACUCUCGAAACUUGGGCGGUCUGUUGGGGGAUGAGAUGGGAUUGGGUAAGACAGUUCAGUUAAUUGCAUUUCUAGCUGGAUUAGACUGCAGUGAUUUAUUGACUGAUGGGGGAAGAUUUAGAGGUCUGGGACCAACACUUAUUAUUUGUCCCGCAACUUUGCUGGAACAGUGGGUACAACACUUUCAUGAAUGGUGGCCCACUUUCAGAGUUGUAAUGUUGCACCAUUCCAGUACUUUUGUAGGGGAUAUAGAAGACUUGCUCCAGAGUUUAAAAGUUGGUGGGAUAUUGGUUACUUCUUAUUCAGGAGUGCUAAUACACAAAGAGUUGAUAGUAAAGUUCAAAUGGCACUACGUUAUUUUAGAUGAAGGGCAUAAGAUUCGUAACCCUGAAGCUAAAGUAACCAAAGUUGUUAAAAAAUUUUUAACACCACAUCGAAUACUUUUAACGGGUAGCCCUAUGCAAAAUUCAUUAAAGGAAUUGUGGUCUCUGUUUGACUUUAUUUUGCCGGGUAAACUUGGCACAUUACCUGUAUUUAUGGAACAUUGCGCUGGUCCAAUAACAAGAGGCGGAUACGCUAAUGCUAGUCGAUUGCAAGAAGCUACUGCCUUACAAGUCGCGACGAUGUUAAAAAAUGCAAUAACGCCAUACAUGCUUAGACGGACAAAGUAUGACGUUCAGCAUCACGUCCAGUUGCCCGAUAAAAACGAACAAGUAUUAUUUUGUAGUUUAACAGAAGAGCAAAAACAACUUUAUAGUCAAUAUUUAAGAUCUGAUGAUGUAUCCUAUGUUCUACACGAAAGACGCGAAGGCGGGAUGUACAGAGCAAGACUUUUAGUUGCUCUCACUGCGUUACGUAAAAUUUGCAAUCAUCCCGAUUUAUUUUUGUAUUCUGAUCAAAGACAAACAUUUGAAGAAGAAGAAGAAGAAGCAGAUCUCGAAAUUGAUGAAAGUGAGAUGAAUAAAUUUGGCCACUGGAAAAGAGCCGGAAAAAUGACUGUAGUUCGCUCUCUAUUGAAGAUCUGGAAAAAACAAGGACAUAGAGUUUUAUUGUUUACUCAAAGUAGAUUGAUGAUGCACGUACUGGAAGGUUUGGUACAAAAAGAAAAGUAUACAUACUUAAGAAUGGAUGGUACAACUCCUAUGGGUCAACGACAAUUAACGAUUUCCAAGUUUAACGCAGAUCCUUCUUUUUUCGUAUUUUUAUUAACAACAAGGGUGGGUGGACUAGGAGUCAACUUAACUGGAGCAGAUAGAGUAAUAAUUUACGAUCCGGAUUGGAAUCCAGCAACCGAUGCUCAAGCGAGGGAGCGCGCUUGGAGAAUCGGUCAAGAUAAAAACGUGACCGUCUACCGACUGAUUACAGCGGGAACUAUUGAGGAAAAGAUUUACCACAGACAAGUGUUCAAAAUACUUCUUUCAAACAAAGUCUUAGAAGAUCCUCGUCAACGCCGACUUUUCCACACUACAGAUUUGACUGAACUAUUUAAUUUGAACAGUUUAAUUAGUGGAAAUAGUGAAUCUGAUGAUUUGUUUCGUGAUUCUAAGUUGACACCUGGACAGCCUAAUUUUACCCAAAGUAAAAUUCAAGCUAUGAAAAAACUAGCCUCUACUCUUAGCAAAAAAAUUGGCGAAGCAGCGAUCGCUCAAGAAGACAGUAAUGUUGACAUUCAAAUUUUGGAUAAAAAUACCGAUACGAAAAAAUUUAAAACCAAAAAAAAUAAAGAGCCAAAUUGUGUUAGCGAAAAGAAUGAAAAAAAAAAAUCAGUCCAAAAAAGUAAAAAGAAAAAUAAAGAACUCGUGUAUGUUGAUGGAGAUAAAGGGCACAAUGAUCCUCCUAUGGCUAAAAUAAAAGAAAAAGAGGUCGAAAUUAAUUUUGAUAAGUCUCAGACCAAAACGACAGUGAAUCAAGUGGAGACGUCAGAAUCAACAAAAACUGACCAAAAUAAAUGCGAAGAGAGUGAAAUUCUUGCUACGUAUGUAGAAUCAUCAGCAACGCGGAACGUAAAUAAUGACGAUAACGAUACUAGUAAUUCUGAGAAGAAAUUUGGAAAUGAUAUAAAACGUAAAUCUUCUAAAAAGCACAAGCAUAAGAAAAAUAAGAAAAAUAAAUCUCAGAAGGAUACAGUUUCGGCAUUGUUUGAAGGAGAAAGCGUUUCUUGUUUAAUUGGUCGUCGACUGGGUAAUAGAUCAAACGAGACAGAAUCCGUUACAAAUUCAGACGACCAAUAUGUUUUAUCAAAGUUAUUUUCUAAAGCAGUGGUCAGUUCUGCAUUUCAACACGAAUCAGUAUUAUCUAACGCGGUUCUCAACCCUGAAGAUGAAACCCCACUGCAUAGAGCUGCUAAAGAGAGUGCUGCCGAGAAAAUGGAUAGUAUCAGGCAGUCACGAAAGUGGUGUUGGAUGCCUAGUUGGGAUAAUCCGCCAGAAGAAGAGGAACAUUAUGACGACAGUGAUAGCAGUGAUUAA